CUCUCCGCCGUCACCACCACCUCCCUCCGUUUACCCUCUAUCCUUUCUCGCUCGUCAUGCUCGCCCUCCGGAAUGUUCAAAGAUUAGCGACACGGCCAUGCCGGAGACGAUUCAUCUCCACGUCGCUCUCGCGGCGGUCCGACGCCUUGUUCGUCCACCGGGACACGCCGUAUAACAACCCGAAGAUCCCGUUCGAGUUUACGCCGGAGAACAUGAAGCGCGCCGAGGAGAUCAUCUCGCACUACCCGCCGCAAUACAAGAAGGCGGCGGUGAUACCGCUCCUCGACCUUGGACAGAGGCAGAACAAGGGGUGGACGAGCAUCAGUGUGAUGAACUACGUCGCGAAGCUGCUCGAGCUUGCGCCGAUGCGUGUGUACGAGGUCGCGACGUUUUACACCAUGUUCAAUCGGGAACCGAUUGGCGAGCACUUUGUGCAAGUCUGCACCACGACGCCUUGCAUGUUGGGAGGAUGUGGUUCGGAGCUCAUUCUCGACACCGUCUGCCAGCACCUCGGUGGUAUCAAGCCCGGAGAGACUACCAAGGACGGCAAGUUCACCGUGAUUGAGGUCGAGUGCCAGGGCGCGUGCAGUAACGCGCCAAUGAUGGUCGUCGGCGACGACUUCUACGAGGACCUCACUCCCGAGACCACGCGCAAAGUCCUAGACGCCUUUGCGAAGGGAGAGAAGCCCAAGCCCGGUCCUCAGAGUGGGCGCAAAACGUCCGAGAAUUCUGCAGGCCUUACCGCGCUCACGUCGAAGCCAUACGGUCCUGGCGAGCACUGUACCCCGGAGUUUGCGUGAAUGCGAUGCACUACCACAAAACAUUGAGUACGGUGGGUGGACGAGGGUAAGAGGCGGUGGUAGAUGGUGGAGUAGAGAACUGCAUAUAUAUUUUCGUUUGAUCUCAUCCGUUCGAGAUGAUCCAAAUGAGCCCAAGAUGAG